CUGUUUGAGCCCACGGCGGGUCGGAACGUGAAGCGUUGGAACCCUAACUCGAGAAGAACCCUCCUCCGUAUCAAUUGCAAGGCGGUAAACCCUAAGAAAGAUCGGCUCUUUCCUCUUCUCGUUGGUUGUUCGUCCGUCCCUACAAGCUUCACGUUUCCUCGCAAAUGGCGACUGUGCCAGUGAACCCAAAACCUUUUCUGAACAAUUUGACUGGGAAGCCUGUGAUUGUGAAAUUGAAGUGGGGAAUGGAAUACAAAGGUUAUCUCGUGUCAGUAGAUUCCUAUAUGAACUUACAGUUGGCCAACACUGAAGAAUACAUUGAUGGGCAGUUCACUGGAAACUUGGGGGAGAUUCUGAUAAGGUGCAACAACGUUCUGUAUCUACGCGGUGUACCAGAAGAUGAAGAGAUUGAAGAUGCCGAGUGAGCAUGAGCAAAAAAAAUUUCAUGGAUUUCGGUGAGCAACUAAUGUAUACUCAUCUAAAGCUCAUUAUAAUUUUCUUGUUUGUAUUCCCUUUGUGAUGGAUGCUUGUAGGUUACUUCUUUAUCCAUAAGCUUUAUCAUCUCAUAAUUGUGCC